AUGAACCCAUUAAACAACUUUCCACGCGCGGACCCGUGGGACGACCUCUCAGGCUGCGGAGGCUCCUUCUCAGGCGUGCGCGGCGUGCUCACGUCGCCAGGAUACCCGUACAAAUAUCCCAGCGAUGUCACCUGCACUUAUGAUAUUAGGGUUGAAGCAGGAGUGCAAAUUUCGAUCGAGUGCAGCGACUUCUCCCUCCAGCCUGGAUACGACGCCUGCGAGAACGACUUCCUCGCUUUGGUCGUCACAGGAAACGCUACUGUUAGGUACUGUGGUGACUUGAAGCCGUCCAUUACACUGAAUGGUACUGAAGUACGCUUAGUAUUCCGAAGUAAUGGCAAUUACCAAUACCGUGGCUUCCUCUGUCGGUACACUGCACUGGAUGAGCGAGGAUACGGAGUCGGCGGAUGGAGUCAGGACAACUCGACGGAAAAUUCACACCUCUCUUCUUUGUGCUCGGAUGGAAACCGGGGUGGGGGGUGGUCUGGUAAAUGUGGGACUCAGCCGACAAGGGAACACGAAGCGUCGCGCAUCGUUGGAGGGGAGCCGGUGCAUGCAAACGAUUUCCCGUGGAUGGUCGCAAUACUAAAGAAGUGCGGGCAUGACGAGGCGCAUUAUUGUCACGUGUGUGGAGGUACUGUCAUCCACCAUCGCUGGGUGCUCACCAGUGCACACUGCAUCGCCAGCAUUGCAGUGGCGAAGCUGGGAGUGCUGCUGGGUGACCACAACCUCUACACCCUGACACCCUCCCAGAAAUUCUUCCGCGUCCAGCAAGCCAUCAUCCACCCUCGGUUCAACACGCCCUCUCCCCUCAACAAUGACAUUGCCCUCAUAAUGCUGCCGCAAACUAUCUUCUUCUCAAGAUACAUCGCGCCCGUGUGCCUACCUGACCCUGACACAGCUCGCUUCGUGGCCUCCCUGCCUGACAUGGAAGACGUGCAGCAACCCGGCACAACUAAACUUCCGUACUACAGCACGCAAGUUCCGCUAGCAAAUCCAGUGCUGCACCCGCUGCUCAUCCAUCGCAACGUGUCUGUCUUUGGCUGGGGCACAACCGAUGACGCUGGAACGCUCGGCGUGGAGCUGCGUGGCGCCACCGUCGAGAUCCUCAACAACAAACUCUGUGACUGGUACUUCGGCCUCAUGACGGAGUCCAUGUUCUGUACCUCGGGCGCCAACGGCAACGGACCAUGCAAAGGCGACAGUGGCUCCCCCGCCCAGCUUCUGAUGAGGGACGGCCGAUGGGUGCAGGUCGGAGUGCUGUCGUUCGGUGCGGCCGUGGGCUGUGAGACAGGAUACCCUUCAGGCAACACCCUCCUGCCUCUGUACGUGUCGUGGAUACGCGAGGUCACCGGCGAGGACUUCUCACAGUUUAUGUAAACAAUUCGCACUUUAAUCAAACAUUCCAUCAAUUCUAUUCUCACGUGAAAUCGAAUAUCUCCAAAGCUUGUUCAGCGAAGAAUUAAAACUAUCUGUCAUCUCGUGAAAAACUCGUGAAAAAAAACUUUUUUAACUCUUGAACAUAGGCGCUCCCGCCCCAGUGGUUCAAGUUCAGAGUACGAAAAUUGGAGCAGAGAAGCGCGGGUUUGAUCCCAGCUCUGUGCGACAGU